AUGCAGCGCGGUCCCUACUCCAACAUGGGCCCGGCUCAAUCGCCGCCCCUCCACCAUCCUGUCCCUCAGCAUGUUUCGACUGUCCCGCAGUUGCGCUCUCCCCCUCCGCCCAUGACACAACAACAGCAACAACAGCAGGCCCAGCAACAGCAGUAUGGCUACGCUCCCAACAACUACGGCCAACCUCCUUUCGGCGGCUUCAUCAAUGAUCCUACUGCCCAGAUGGGCUUCCAGAUGGGCAAGACUGCUGUCGCUGCCGGUCAGGAGUACAUGGAACAAAAUUUCAACCGCUAUGUCAAUGUCUCGGCCAUGAAACACUACUUUAAUGUCUCGAACAAAUACGUCGUCAACAAGCUCUUUAUAGUCCUCUUCCCCUGGCGUCAUCGUCCCUGGUCCCGCCAGCAACAGCCCAUGGCCAACAGCGGCCAGUCCGGUCCCAUGUUCCUACCCCCUCGCGAGGACAUCAACAGCCCCGACAUGUAUAUUCCCGUCAUGGCCUUUGUCACCUACAUUCUUCUUUCUACUCUCCUCGCUGGUCUACAGGGCGCUUUCCGUCCUGAGUUGCUCGGCAUGACUGCCACCAAUGCCUUUGCCGUUGUCAUCAUCGAGCUUUUGCUCCUCAAGCUCGGCACCUACCUCUUGAAUAUUUCAAACGAGUCGCAGUGGCUGGAUUUGGUUGCUUAUUCUGGCUACAAGUUUGUCGGUAUCAUCUUCACCAUCGCCCUGGCCGCCAUCAUGACAGGAGGUAAAGGCACUGGUGGUUAUGUGGGCUGGUCCGUCUUUGCUUACACUUACAUGGCCAAUGCCUUUUUCCUUCUCCGUUCACUCAAAUAUGUCAUCCUCCCGGACACUGCCUCAGGCGCCCACAACCCCAUCGCCCGCUCGCAGAGAACCAAGAGAACCUACUUUCUCUUCGUCUACUCGUACAUCAUCCAGUUGGCUUUCACGUGGUGGCUCAGCAGCUUGUAA